GCGCUCGGGGCGGCGGCGCGGCGGCGGCGUCGGGUGCGCUCGGAGGCGGAGCUGCAGCUGCAGCGCCAGGCGGCCAACGUGCGGGAGCGGCGGCGCAUGCAGUCCAUCAACGACGCCUUCGAGGGCCUGCGCUCGCACAUCCCCACGCUGCCCUACGAGAAGCGCCUCUCCAAGGUGGACACGCUGCGCCUGGCCAUCGGCUACAUCAACUUCCUCAGCGAGCUCGUCCGCUCCGACCUGCCCCUGCGCAGCGCCGGCAGCCAGAGCCCCUGCCAGCCCAAGAAGGUCAUCAUCUGCCACCGCGGCACAAGAUCACCUUCUCCGAGCGACCCAGAUUACGGGCUGCCUCCUCUGGCUGGACACUCUCUGUCCUGGACUGACGAAAAACAGCUCAAGGAACAAAACAUUUUUAGAACUGCUAAAGUGUGGACCCCGGAAGACCCCAGGAAGCUAAGCAAACAGCCCUCCCUCAACAACAUCGAAAACGAGCCCCCGUUUGACUUCCUAUCGUGA